GUUUUAAAUUUCUUCCGCCAUAACAGCUGACGGUUUUGAAAUCGAACAGCUGAUAAAGCGGCACACCGCCUGUUCACAGUCUUUUAUAGUCCUUGAAACUAAAAAGAAGAACCUUGGCAAUUUAAAAGACAAGCAUUGAGUAUUAGAAUAGAACAGAAUUCGUAAUAAUUCGGAAAUUGCAGAAUUCCAGACCAAGGCUACAUAUCGUGAUGACGGAAGAAAGUUUCAACAAAGCUCCUGGAUCAGAAUUCUCCAAAAUAAGAUCAACGAUAGUUACUAUGGGCAACGCAAAGGUGACCGCCACGACUUCUGCUCUGACACCGAUGAUUCCAGAUCGUUUGUUAAGCUCGUCGGUUACUCCUGGACUUACCAUUAAUCAAGAUGUGCCUUACACUAUUCUACAAUAUGGUCAUCUGCUACCUGCCUUAGUUCAACCAGGGUUUUCAAUAUUCCAUCCUCCACCACCUCCAAUGCCGAUGACCAUUCCUAUUUUUUAUCAACCAGUCAACGGAGCAGUUUCGCAACCACAAGCGUUCGACGGCAAUAUGUUCUGUAGAUAUAUGCCCCAGCUUUCCAAUAGUAAUGAAAACUUUGGCCCAAAGAUCAAUGGAAAUAGAAAGCUUGGGAAGGCUAGUCUAAGUAAAAUCAAGACAAAAGAAUUUGGAUGCGAUGUUCGACGGUCGGAAGGGCUUAGCAGUGUCAGUGACAGUUCGUUCAGCCCGAUUGCGUCAACGCAGAUUUCAUCUGACGGCUUUGCAGGAACAGGUAUUAUGCUGAAUCAGGACAAACUGAUAACUCUGACCGAGAUGGCGAUGCAAGGAUGUGAAUUGGCGGAGCAAUUGGCAAAUAAUCAUCAAAAGCGUCCUUGUUUUAAAAAAAUCGAUAGUCUUUGUGCUCGAAUGAAGCAGGAUUUGAUUCGACCGGAUAGUGUAUUGGCCAACAUAAACUCACAGGGUAUGGCUUGGGCAGUCAAGGAUUUUAUUUUCGUAUUUACACGGAUUAUAAAUGCCUGGAUUAUAAUUAAGGGAUAUGUCUAUAACACACCAGAAGGAUUGGAGCGUGUCCAGAAAGUUUUAAGUCCAGAUUUUUUGGACCACUUUCUUAAAUGGCAAGAUUCAACUAUUGAUUUCGUUGAUAGUUUGAUAAAGUCUUUUACUAGUUUAGACGAAACGGUGCAAAAUCAACGGACCAGUAGUGUUCAAAAGGAAGCAAAUAUGAAGGGUAAUUCAAUGCGUCAGAUGAAAGCUAACGAAGAUAAGGAACGAGGACUACACGAGUUAUAUGAAUAUUUAAAGGACAUAAUACCCAAUCUAGCGGAAAAUAAAGCUUCCUCUUCUUCAGACAACGCUAGCAGCAGUGAUCUUUCAGAUCGUAGCAGUGUUAUUUACGACAAUGCUAAAAGUUACCUAGUUCCAGUUGUUAAUGAUUCAGAACAGACGCAGAUGAAGCACAACGAGCACGGAACUUAUUUCAAAACAGGUAUUUACGAACCGGUCAAGAAACCUCCCGGGCUUGGUUCUAAUCACGUCCCCUGCUCGUUGAAAACUACCUUGCCCACAACGGAAGCAAAUUCAGUUCCAUUCGUUACAUCUACACCAAAAAUUUUGAAAAACCCAAUAUCACACAACCGACCUGACCUUCUUGGAUCCAUUUGCGGCUAUGAUACUGACACCAAUGUGCAAUCAAACGACCAUCAGUUAUCGGAUAUUACUUUAGCUUCGCAAUUACAAAUGGAUUUUUUCAAUGAUGCCAUCAUUCGUCAAAGUUUUGACGGCGAAACGGUCGCCAAAAUCCAUUUUUUACUACAGAAAGUUUUUGGAAUAAAUGAAUCCAAGUAUUUUUUGAUUGCGCAGUUUACCAAGAACUAUUUUGCGGAUUUUCACGCUAUUAAUCCAAAUUUCAUCGACUUGCGCGCGAUUAUAUCAAAAGCGCAAAUUGGUGGCUAUCGAAAUAUCCAUGAGAUAGUUCACGACUUACGGCAGAUAGUUCAGGCGGCACGUCGGUAUCUUGAACAAAAGACUCAUUCUCUCCUUAAAGAAACAACCGAAGAAUUUGAACGCAAUUUGGAAGAUAUUUUGAGUGAUAAAAUUUUCGAUUGUUAUGAUUUCAAUUGUCCUCCGGGAUCGACAUCGCCAGCUACCACUACGGGUAGCAACAGUAGCUGCAGUGCAACCGUUUGUUCCGGCGAGUUUUGAGGCUCAAACCUUAAAGCUUAUUCAAGUUGUAUUGUAGCAGAUUUUAAUUACCAAUGCAAGUCUGUUUAGAUCAAUUUUAACCUUCAGCGAUGUGAUAUAUGUGGCAAAAGUCGAUAAUCUGUAAAUUAGGUUUAAAUUCACUGUAAUUUGUUCAGGAACGAAAAGUAACAAUUAGCAACUAAAGCAACGCGGAAAGUGUCGAUCACCGGCUAUUGUCCAAGUUGUCAAAAUUAAAGUUAAAUAUUCAGCCGUUGUCGUGCAGUAGCAUAACAGUACAAAUUGCUGUGGUAUAGUGAAUUCUGAGUUUCGCUAGUUCCAACCAGAAAACCUGAAUUGAGGUGCUAGCUACGACAGUUUGAAAAUUUUAAAGUCACGACAACCAAGCACGAAUUACUAAAGCAAAGUUUUAAAGAGUUGGAAAAGUGGAUAAAUUUUAUGUAUUGAAAAUUAUUAUGAUCUGGCUUCUUAAAAGCAUUUACUCGAAAAAUUUUCAUACGAAAUUUGUACAUAUAAGUAUUGCAGUCAUAUCGUAAUGCCUGCAGCGUUGUAAUAAUAUGUUAUAAAUUAUCUAAUAUUGAAUAGAAAUGUUAGAACAUUGGUCUUUAUAUUGUUUCGCGUGAAUAGAGAAAACAUGAAUAAAAAAAAUGUGUAA